UACAUCGUUUGCACAGUUUUGGAUUGAAUACAUUGCACUGCAAAAUUCAACUGAAAAAUGGAAGAUCCAGUAGCUAGAAAAGUAGAGGAUAAUAGAAGAGUUUAUACAUAUCCACUGUUAAAGCAUAGUGAUAUGAAUGAAGAUAUGCAGACUGAAGUAAUGGAACUAUGUGUGACAGCAUGUGAAAAAUUCUCGACUGAUAAUGAAGCAGCAGCUCGUUUUGUAAAAGAAACUAUGGAUAAAAAGUACGGAGCAGCAUGGCAUGUAGCUGUUGGUGAAGGUUUUGGUUUUGAAAUUACCUAUGAUAUUAAAAACAUUUUAUACAUGCUAUGUGGUGGAAAUUUAGGCAUAAUUGUCUGGAAAUGCUGUUGAUAAUAAUUACAGGAUGUAAAUAUUUCAAAAAGGAAUAAGAAUACGUGCACACUAUUUAAAAUGUAUAUUUUAAUAGUAAUCUAUAUUUUGGCAAGCUUUUCGUCAUAUUUUACUCUGCUAUGUUGAAGUUCCCGAGUCCAAAAAGAUAGAAGCAAAUAAAUGUAUUGACUAUCAUAAAUGUCACUGGAUUCCAAUCACUUUUUUAAUAUACUAUAUUUUCCAAUUAACAGAAAAUCUCUUAUGAACUAAAACAUCCAAAAUACUUCAAUCAUUUUUACCAAUAUGUAUAUACUUAGAUUUGUAAUAUACCUUUUUAAAAUAUAUCUAAGUUUGUAACUAAAAAGAACAUUUGAAACAAGAAAAGAAACCCAUUAGUGUUAUAACAAGAAAUGGUUCAGUGAAAAAAGAAUCCCU